GCGGCAAGUCAGCCGGCCGGCAAAAAAAGCGGUGCGCUGGGCAUCUCUCGCAGUCCGACGCGCCGGUCCGGGGAGCUUCGCAGGAUUUCUCCGCGCGAAAAAAGAAGUCUACCGUCAGAAUCAGUCAGUGCGCGCUCGCAGAACCCGCGUCAGUCACUUCCCGUCAAGUGUCCUCUCUCCAAGUCUCUUGAAGCCCUUAGAACCUUCCACCGUUUGUGCGUGUGUGCGUGUGUGUGUUAUUUCGUACGGGAACUUUAUACGAUCCUUGGGGUUGCUCCUUAAAUUUAUUUUCGUGAUGUUAGUUUUGAGGAUAGUGACGGUUUAUCGGUUUCGGGUCCGCGGCGGGGGCAACCGAGCUUCUGGUGCGAAUUCGGCCAGCCAAAAACGAGUGAUGUGAAGACAGGUUUGACCAGCGCCUGUUGUUUUUAGUGAUUUCGCUAAAAGAUUUUAUAUUGAAGAAGAAAAGAAAAAAAAAUCUUGCGAUUUCGUGGGACUUCGUUAUGGUAAAGACGCGAUCGAACUGGAUGGCCGACGGUGUCCUGUUACUCACGGUCCUUGCCACAGUAUGCUUCCUGGUGGAGGCCGGCAGCCACCGGCGCCACGGCCACGGGCUGGGCUGCCCCAAGUGCAAGCCCGGGUUCGCCGUGCUGCGCCCCUGCGGCCACGGUCUGGACACCCAGUGCAUCCCCUGCCGGCCGGGCCAGUUCCUGCCGCACCACUCGCACCGGCGCCACUGCUUUCCCUGCUCCCUGUGCGGGGAGGAACUGUUCACGGCCCACCCGUGCACGUCCACCGCGGACACAGUCUGCGAUUCCUGCCACACACAGGUUCUUGGUCCUCACGCGGAGGACUUCUACGUCAAGUGCAACGGGUCGUCUACGGCAGAAGACGAAGAUUACGACGAUGAGGACGACUCCCCGUCAGACGACGCCCAAGAUCUGUGGCAGAGUCGGGAGUCCCCGGCCGAACUCAUGCUGGUCCGAGAAGAGCUCAGCCAUAUGCGACACGAGGACCUGGCGGAAGCAUCGGAGCACGGGCGCAGCCACGCGGGCCACCUGCAGAAGCACUCGAGGCACCACUCAUCCCCGUCGUCCCGCUGGGGCGCGGCGGGUGGCAGCGGCACCACCGUGGUCACCGCCGUGGUGUCCAUCUGCGCCAUGGCGGGACUCCUGUUCGCCGUCGUCCUCAGCCGCUGGCGGACGGACGCAUCCUCGGCGCCUGUUCGGAAAAAGAGCGGGUACGUUGUCGUGCCACAGGCGUCAUCAGAAAGCUCUUCUCCAGUUUAAGGUUGACCAGUUUCUGAAGCGAACGCCGGCAACCUACAGAUUGUUGUGUGCCAUGCAGGAGCGAAAAUGGUCCGCGCUGCGAAGACCGUCAUCUUCGUGUUUUCGCGGUUCUACAGAGAGGACGCUGCCACAUAUGAGAAUGCUUUUCGUGCAUCGAUGCGUCGUGGUUUGCGUUGAAACGCCGUCAAACCAUAAAACUU